CUAACUGUACUUGUGCACUCCAGUGCUUUGGGAAGCCUUAUCUAGAAUAAGAGCAAUGAAUAUAAUUAAGUGUUUAAACAGCCUCACCCUACUGUGGCGGAUAUCUCAGUGGGUUAAUCAUAAACACGAGCAGAAUCCCUAUGGCAGCCAAGGGAAGAAGAGUGGUGUGUCUCACGCAUGCUGGAUGAGCCGCUGAAGGCCAACCUGACACCAGACAGCACAAACGCAUAGGAGAUGGAGGAAAAAAAGCCGAGAAAGGGAUUGUUUGCUGGCAUGAAGCUGAAGAAGAAGAAAAAAGACAAGAAAGGCUUGACUAUUGCAAACAAAGACGCAUUGGGUGAUCAUGAUGACAGUGCAAGUCUUCACCAUGACACUCUAGGAAGACAAGAAGAGGGAGAGGAAGAUCUAAUGAGCAGCGAUGAACUGUCCAAUAUUUUUGGAUCCUUAAGCCCAAAGAGGAAAAGGGCAAAGCUGGUGACCAGAAUUCACGAAGAGGAGAUGAAAUCCCAGAACUACCAGAUUGCCAUCACCAUCAUUGAGGCCAGGCAGCUGGUGGGUGAGAACAUUGACCCUGUGGUGAUCAUUGAGAUAGGUGACGAGAAGAAGCAAACAACAGUAAAGGAAGGCACAAACGCCCCUUUCUAUAAUGAGUACUUUGUGUUUGACUUUGUUGGACCGCAGGUGUUCUUGUUCGACAAAAUAAUCAACAUCUCUGUUAUGCAUAAUAAACUGAUCGGUAGUGUGCUGAUAGGCUCCUUUAAAGUAGAUCUGGGGACAGUGUAUGCUCAACCAGGUCAUCAGUUUUGUGACAAGUGGGCCCUUCUCACAGACCCUGCUGACAUUCGGACAGGAGCCAAGGGAUACCUGAAGUGUGACAUCAGUGUGACUGGGAAAGGUGACUCAGUACAAGCCACACAGAAAACAGCUGAUACUGAGGAGCAGAUUGAAAAGAACCUCUUGAUCCCCAAAGGCUUUCCAUCUGAAAGACCAUGGGCCAGAUUUUAUGUGAGAAUUUACAAAGCAGAAGGACUUCCAAAGAUGAACUCUAGCAUCAUGGCCAAUGUUACCAAAGCAUUCAUAGGCGACAGUAAGGACCUUGUGGAUCCCUAUGUGGUGGUCAUGUUUGCAGGUCAAAUGGGACGCACAACAGUGCAAAAGAACUGUGCAGAUCCAGUGUGGCACGAACAGAUUGUCUUCAAGGAAAUGUUCCCACCACUAUGCCGAAGAGUCAAAAUCCAGGUCUGGGAUGAAGGUAGCAUGAAUGAUGUGGCCUUAGCCACUCACUUCAUUGACUUGAAGAAAAUAUCAAAUGAACAAGACGGUGACAAAGGGUUUUUGCCUACUUUUGGGCCUGCCUGGAUCAAUCUCUAUGGCUCACCCAGGAAUCACAGCCUCAUGGAUGACCACCAAGAGCUUAAUGAAGGUUUUGGAGAAGGUGUCUCCUUCAGGGGACGUCUCUUCGUUGAGAUUGCUGUGGAGAUACUUUCAGGAGGAGCCCGUGAGCCAAAGUUUUCAAGUUUUAUCAAGGAUAUAAAAUUUCCAUCUAAAGAUAAAGACUUCAAAGCCUCCAAAGGAAAAGACAGAACUGAGAAAGCAGGAGAGGAUCGAAAGUCAGUUUCUCCUUCAGACAAGACGAACUCAACCGAAGUGGAAGUUGAGCCAUUUGAUGUGCCUUCAGAGAUCCAUGAAGAGAAAUUUGAGGAAUUCCUCCUCUUUGGGACAUUUUUUGAAGCCACAAUGAUUGAUAGGAAGGUUGGGGACAGGCCAAUAACCUUUGAGGUUUCCGUUGGUAACUUUGGAAGUAUUACUGAUGGGGUGUCAGCAGGAGCUGGAGGGAAAAAGAAGACGCGUGAUGGAGAAGUAGAAGAAUAUCUACUACAUGAGGAGGAGGAUGAAAUUACUCAUGACCUUGGAGUACCCCUGAUAUCCACCACACCCCCUGAGAAGCCACUGAUUACGGGUGGGAACAGGAACUACCAGUACCUGCCAUAUGAGGAAAAAAAGCCCUGUGUCUGUGUCAAGAGCUACUGGGGUGACCAGACCUUUCGGCUGUACUUUUCCAACACUCUUGAGAAAAUGGCAGAUCACCUGGAAGAAUCAUUAGAUCAAGUAAAAGAUUUGAUUAAGGUUUCAGAGAUUGCAUCUGAGGAGAAAAUGAGGAUGACCCUAAAUGAUUUUAUCCAUCAAAGCAGAGUCUUCAUUACUAUUGCUGAAAAGAAGCGGAAAGGGUUGAACUAUACAGCUUUAGACAAAAAGAGACAUAUGCUGUUCAAGCAAGAGCUGGAAGCAAUGUCCAGUGAUGCCAAGGGAAUUGUCCAGCAGCAGAAAAAGAAGAUGUCAUUGGAUGAAAUGAUGCGUGAGACUCAGAGCUUUAUAGAUAAAAUCCGAUUCUUGGCUGAUGAGCCGCAGAAUACGGUGCCUGAUGUGUUCAUCUGGAUGCUCAGCAGCAACAAGAGAGUUGCAUAUGCAAGAGUGCCAGCGAAAAACAUUCUCUAUUCCCCAGCGAAAGAACAGAGAGGCAAAGACUGUGGGAAGAUUAAAACCCAUUUCCUGAAAUUACCAGGCAAGCGCCCUCUGGGCUGGACUGUGCAGGCAAAGGUGGACGUCUACCUGUGGCUUGGACCUGCCAGCUAUGCCCACAGCAUGAUGGAGAAUUUACCUGUAGGGUAUGAGAUCGAAAUACCAUCCUCCACCAGCUCAGGGCACAGCAUGGUGCCUUCACCCGCCUGCCUGCUGUAUGAAACCCCGCAGUUCUUCCAGCUGAGAGCCCACAUGUAUCAGGCGAGGGGGCUCAUCGCAGCAGACAGCACUGGACUUUCCGAUCCCUUUGCAAAAGUUACUUUCACAUCACACUGCCAGACCACGAAGAUCAUUUCCCAGACAUUAUCCCCCACCUGGAACCAGAUGUUGCUUUUCGACAGCAUCGUGCUUCAUGGCAACAGAGAGGAGAUCGCUCAGUUCCCACCAGAGAUCGUCAUUGAGCUGUAUGAUGACGAUGCAGUGGGUAAGGCAGAAUAUAUUGGGUCUACAGUGGCUGCCCCUGUGGUAAGACUUGCUGAUCAAAACUAUGAACCACCUAAACUUGCUUACCACCCAGUACAUUGUGGAAAUCUUUCCGGAGGAGACCUUCUUGCUACAUUUGAGCUUCUGGAGAUUCCUGAAUUAGAUCCAGACAGACUUCCCCCACUAGAUCCACCAGAUAUUGGCCAGAUCUACCCCGUCCCUGCCAACAUCCGGCCUGUUUUAAGCAAGUACAGAGUUGAGGUCCUGUUCUGGGGUGUUCGGGAGCUGAAGAAAGUCCAGCUCCUCUCUGUAGAUCGCCCCCAGGUUCUCAUUGAAUGUGCGGGGAAAGGAGUAAAAUCCUCUGUCAUUCAGAGCUACAAGAAAAAUCCCAAUUUCAGUGGCCUUGCAGACUGGUUUGAAGUGGAGCUGCCUGAAGAUGAACUCCUGCACCCACCACUAAGCAUCUGUGUGGUCGACUGGAGAGCAUUUGGGAGGAGCACUCUUGUUGGAACACACACCAUCAAUUGCCUUAAGCAAUUCCUAUGUAAGACCCAGUUGGGUCCUCAAGCUACACCAAACGGACUAGACAUUGUAGAAAUUGAGAAAGUUUCAGCUUCACCUGAGUCAUCCCAGCCUGCUGAUUUAUCCCAAGAACCAUUUUUAGCUGAUCACGUUUAUGCUGAGGUGGAGCAGGGUAAAUGUACAGUGGUAGAGCCAGAUCCAUAUCUCGCAACACUUCCUGCUGGUGAACCAGAGCACUCUGCUUCUGAACCAGAGAAAGAGAGAAAACAGAAGGAUACGAAAAAAUCCAUCCGACGGUCAACGAGAAGGAGAAAAAGAACAAUUGCAGAUGAAUCAGCUGAAAAUGUUAUUGACUGGUGGUCAAAAUAUUAUGCUUCUGUGCUCAAAAUGCAAAAAGCAAAAGGAAUUUUUUCCAGUGAGGGAAAAGCAGAAGACAAUAAGCAGACUUCUGACCACAUCGCAUUGAUCGUAGAAGAGGAGCCAGACAAAAAGAAGAAGGACAAGACAUUGAAAAAGAAACAGAAAGAAACUCCAAACCUAGCAACCCUGCAGAUUUAUGAAGGAGACUUGGAGAGUGAAUUUAAUAACUUUGAGGACUGGGUGAAAACUUUCCAUCUCUUAAGAGGAAAAUCUAAUGACGAAGUUCAUGCUGACUCUGAAGACAGAAUAAUAGGAAAGUUUAAGGGCUCCUUUUGCAUAUACCCAAGUCCUGAGGAUGGCAACUUGCUGGACGGAGGGCAGCCCCGCAUCCUGCAAGGGAUACCACCAAACCACUCCGUCAAUGUCCUCAUCAGGGUUUAUAUUGUGGCAGCGUUUAACCUCAGUCCAGCUGAUCCAGAUGGCAAGUCAGACCCCUACAUUGUCCUGAGACUGGGCAACACUGAAAUUAAAGACAGGGAAAACUACAUCCCCAAGCAGCUAAACCCGGUAUUUGGAAGAUCAUUUGAAAUCCAAGCUACGUUCCCCAAGGAUUCCUUGCUCACAGUCCUGAUCUACGACCAUGACUUUGUGGGAACAGAUGAUCUCAUUGGAGAGACUAAAAUUGAUUUGGAAAAUCGUUUCUACAGCAGGCAUCGAGCUACCUGUGGGUUACAAAGUCAAUAUGAAAUAGAAGGGUACAAUGCAUGGAGAGAUGCAAUCAAGCCAAGUGAGAUCCUCACUAAGCUAUGUAAGGACUACAGAAUAAGUGGACCCUUCAUGCGGCCUGGGGAAAUACAAGUAGGAACAAAAGUAUUUAAAGGACAGACAGUCUUCACAGAAGCUGAGAAUGAGGAGCCAGUUGAAUCAUAUGAGCAUCUCUCCUUGAAGGUUUUACAUGCUUGGGAAGAAAUACCUGGAGCUGGAUGCAAACUGGUCCCAGAGCACAUUGAGACUCGGCCUCUCUACCAUAAGGAUAAACCUGGCAUGGAGCAGGGUCGUGUACAGAUGUGGGUGGACAUGUUUCCUAAAGAUAUGCCCCUGCCAGGACCCCCAGUGGACAUUUCACCAAGAAAACCAAAAGGCUAUGAACUGAGGGUAAUAAUCUGGAAUACAGAGGAUGUAAUUCUAGAAGAUGAAAAUAUCUUUACAGGGCAAAAAUCAAGUGAUAUCUAUGUAAAAGGGUGGAUAAAGGGCCUGGAAGAAGACAAGCAGGAGACAGAUGUACAUUACAACUCCUUGACAGGAGAGGGCAACUUCAACUGGCGCUUUGUGUUCCCAUUCCACUAUCUCCCAGCAGAGAAACAAAUGGUGGUUAGUAAAAGAGAAAACAUAUUUUCUUUGGAAAAGACAGAGCGCAAGAUACCAGCUGAGCUGGUGCUACAGGUGUGGGACUUCGAAAGACUCUCUUCAGAUGAUUUCUUGGGCACUCUUGAACUGAACCUGAAUGGCUUCCCUCGAGCAGCAAAGACAGCCAAGAGCUGUGACCUGGGCAUGGUUGUGGCAGCAAGUGAAGAAAACAAGAUCUCCAUCUUUCAUCAGAAGCGUGUCAGAGGCUGGUGGCCUUUUGUCAAGGCUGGGGAGCUCACGGGCAAAGUGGAAGCUGAGUUUCACUUAGUCACAGCAGAAGAAGCUGAGAAGAAUCCAGUAGGCAAAGCUCGAAAGGAGCCUGAACCCUUGGAAAAACCCAACCGACCAGACACAUCCUUCUCUUGGUUUGUUAAUCCAUUCAAGUGUUUGUAUCACCUGAUCUGGAGAAAUUACAAGAAGUACAUCAUCAUCGGCAUAAUUCUGCUUAUCCUCAUUGUCUUCCUCGUGCUCUUCAUCUACACACUGCCAGGUGCUAUCAGCCAUAGGAUAGUUGUAGGAUGAGCAUAGGUAAUGUCUCUCAUUGUAACCAAUCAUAUACACACGCUUCAGUUAAAAAUAGAAGUCGGCAUACAGAAAUCAACCUGAAACACAUUUCAUUCCUUGUAAAAAGAAAACAUAACUAUUAAUAUGAAAAACUGGAGCUCUCUUUGAAUAUUUUAAUGUCUUCUGUGGCUGCUUAUUCAGACACAGCCUUAAUGCAUAUCGUCAUUAACACACUGCAGCAACUUUGUUGACAGUGAAAGUUUGAUUCUGCACCUAAAACUGAGUUUGAAUGUAAAUUCCUUAAUGCUAUGCAGAAACUGAUUUGUCAGUCAAAUAUUUAUUAUUACAGACAAAUGAUUAAACAUUAAGAGCGAAAUCUGUACACAAAAAUAUAUGUAUAGUUCAGUCUUUGCGUAGUUUUGUAUUUAAUUAUUUGAACUCUUUUUCAAUGAACUUAUAACGGCAUGACUAUUUGGGGAUAAAAUGUUUAUUUAAUAAAAUCAAAGGUUAAAUUGUCUUAUUUAGUGUCAUGUGCAGAAUUCAUCCUGUACCUCUCAGUAGGAGCUCUGUGUGCUAUAAAGAGGUCUCACACACUCACAAAUGAGGUGUCAGUGACAGGAAGAGGUAGAAGCAGAGAUGGAAAUAACUUUUUUCAGCUGCAGUUUGAAAGUGCUGGAGGUCACUGGAGGAGAGCGAACAGGCAGAUGGAGACUCAGCCACAGGCACCGUGGCAGCAAAUGAUACUUGUUAAGGAGAGGGAACAAAGAGAAUUCUGCUUGACGAGCAGAGAGAAAGAGGAAUGGAAAAGAGAAAGGCUGCAGAGUGGAACAACUAAUGGAGGAUUAAAGAAAACAAGGAAUAAAACCUUACACAGUUGUCAAUGUGAAAAUCCCCAUCCUGCUUAAGAAUACAGAAGAAAAUGUUGCAGCCAGUGUCACGCACAAUGCAAGGCUUGAUAAUGACCCCGCCUGGCCUUAAAAUGAGUGAUUAUGAAUUUGAAAUAGCUAUAGAAACUUCCUCUACUCUCAUCCACAGUUAGAUGUUGUAAAGGUGACCUUUGAGACCAUGUUCCACUCAUAAAAAGUGUGAGGACUCUUUCCAAAAUUUAAAGUAUCAAAAGGCAAGAAAAAGUGAUCAUAGAAAUGCUGAUAACUUGGCCAAGCUCAGGGUGUGGGAAUAGAAAUGUAGGCACCUGUGUCAUUCUCAGAGGCCACUUCUAUGGGAAGCUGGCGUGGUACUGCUAAUACCCAGCCUGUUAAGGUUGUGCAAUGAACCUCUGUGUUCCCCCCAGUCUACAACACAGGUAAUUGCAGUAUUCUGAAAAACAGAAGCCAGUUAAACUUCCACAGAGAAAAUAUUUUACAUUUAAAAAGCAUUUUAGAGGCUUAUUUUGGAUGGGAUGAAUUGCUCUAUAAGUGCCUCUUCCUCAUUCCACUGAUGAUAGAGGCAGAUGGCUAAAAGCAGGCUGAAAGCACUUCAUCCCAUCCCCAUCUCAUCUAGCUCACUGCAUCUCUUAGUAUUCUUCUAAAUUUCAUGUUCUAAGUAUACAGUAAAUAUAACUGAAUUAUUUAGGUAUGCGAGUAAUUACAUUAAAAUUAGACAUGUGGGUUUUACUCCUGGACUAUUUUCCAUCGAAAGUGUAUUUAAGAUGACCAAGAAAUGAGAACACAACUACAUGGUUGAAUCUGCACUAGUUAAAUGUAGCAGUGCAAGACAGUGAUGUGGAGAGGUGCUGAGCAACCCUCAAGUCCAUCUUCAUCUCAUAUCCCUCUGCACUGGGCCUUCAUCUCGUACAGUCUCU